AUGGAGCUGAAGGAAGAAACACGCUGGUUAAAGGAGCAAGUUAAAGCGCAAGCACUCCUAAUCGAGCAGUUGAUCAAGAAUCAAGCACCACAGCCGGCUCCGAAUCUCAGCCCAAGUGGCAAAGACAGCUGCACAUUCCCCUUGCUACUUGAGGGUGAAGCGAACGUUCAGUGUAUGGCGGAUAGCCCUAAACAUCAAAGUGUUGCAACGGGCCGCAUGUUCAAUUUACCGGGGGAGAGUAUGAUUCAUAAUGUGCCUCUCCCUGCUGAUCAUGUGAGGGUGCAGUUGAACACUGCUAUUGAUGCGAAUUAUGCCCUCCCGAUACCCACCCCAGAUGCAGAGACAGUGGCUCAAGCAGUGGGUAGCUUUGUCGCUUGGCCUGGCCGUCUUCUUACAUUAGGACAUCCUUCAAAUCCCUCUGAGCCCGUUCAAGUGGUAUCAUCAAGAUUCCGAAUAUGUCUUGAGGAAUAUGCAAUUGGGGCCAGAUUAGAACAUGGCGAGGAUUUCAUGAUUCCCCUAGAGUUUGAGCCAGAGGUAUACGGUCGACCCUCAUCAGAUUAUGUCACAAAUGAAGUAUUGAAAGAGAUUCUGACACAUGGAAUGGCCAGCACAAAUGCCUGUAACUUUUAUAUCAUAUAUCUUUUCAAGAACUUCAUAGCCCCUGGUGGCCUUGAUGACAAGUUCAAGAUUAUCAGCCCCCACGCUUUUGCUGGCCACAGACCUAAUAUGAAGAAAGACUUAUCUAGAGACUUGUUGGAUAUCUUCAUUUCUAGGGCAACACCGGGGGCUCAGACUUUGUUUUUAGCACCUUAUUGUCAAGGGUAA